GUAAAUUAAAAAUGUAAUCAGUUGAAUUGAAAAAAGUUUAAUAAUGUAGUAAGUCCAACCAAAUUUUGAAUUAAAAUUACUGGACUAAAUACAUUACUACAGUGAACUCAGUUUGAAACAUGGUAGUUUACAACAGGAAUAUUUCCAGUUAUUUUUUGUACCCUAUAGUUUAUACAGUGCCUAUAGUAUAAUAAUCUUCUUUCCUUGUCUAAGUGUAUAAUACAUAAUGGGUUGCAUACGCUGUAGGUAGAAAUCAAUGCUUUUUAUAUUUACAUCAAACUAAAGCUGAAGAUUUUCAAAUAUGUCAAUGUCAUUACUGUCAAAAUAUCUCUAGUUCAUGUUUUUAAGCAAAAAAUUGACUUUUCUGAAACAUUAUAAGUUUCAAACAAAUUAGUGAAAACAUUUUAUUUUAAUAAAAAAAAAUGUGUUUAAAUUGGUGACUUAUUUAUGUAACAAUAAUUUGAUAAAUAUUAAGUUAACAUAAUACUUACGUGUAUACUGUUGUUUUCAUUAAAAAGCAUGUGAACAGUGAACUUGAGUUAAUAGGGAGAUCUGUAAAUAUUUUUUCCUCAGAGCAAUAUACAAAUUCAUAUUUAUGUAUAGAUUCCAGCUUUGACUCACUGAGAAGUCGAAGAGCAAUGCAAGCUAAAAGAAGGUAUUUACUGGUUUUUGUAGUUGCCUUCUUAGCUUUUUGGUAUUUUGGUGGAUACCAUUUACGACGUAAUCAAGAUAUAAACAUUAAUAUAGAUAACCUUCCUAACUAUGUUAGUAUGAAUGUGAUAGACACUGGAUAUUUAGUUACAGGAAGAAGACUCUUUGAAAAUUCUAAGAAUUGUAGAAUGGAAACAUGCUUUGAUUUUAGUAAAUGUCAAAAGGAUUUCAAAGUUUAUGUAUAUCCUCAGGAGGACAGCAGUGUGCCUAGUCCGUCCUAUUUAAAACUGCUCAAUGUCCUAUUAGAAUCUAGAUAUUAUACUGCCAAUCCUAGAGAAGCUUGCAUUUUUAUACUGAGUAUUGACACAUUAGAUAGAGAUCGCUUAAGUAAUGAUUAUGUUCGUAAUAUGCAGAAUAAACUACAGCACUUACCUCAUUGGAAUAGUGGUCUAAACCAUGUAAUAUUUAAUUUGUAUUCAGGUACUUGGCCCAAUUAUACUGAGAAUGAUUUAGAUUUUGACUAUGGAAAGGCAAUAUUAGCUAAAGCUAGUAUGUCAGAGAGCCAUGUACGUGUUGGCUUUGAUGUAAGCAUACCUUUAUUUCAUAAAAUUCAUCCAGCAAAAGGUGGAGAACCGGGAGCUUCUUCGGCAAAUAAUUAUCCAUUGGAAAAAACAUAUCUUCUAGCAUUUAAAGGAAAAAGAUAUGUGCAUGGAAUUGGUUCUGAUACAAGAAAUUCUUUGUAUCACUUACAUAAUAGAAAAGAUAUUAUUAUGGUUACGACUUGCAGACAUGGCAAAAGUUGGAAAGAUAUGAAAGAUGAGAGGUGUGAUGAGGAUAACAAAGAAUAUGAUAAAUAUGAUUAUGAAACUUUGCUCCAAAAUUCCACAUUUUGUUUAGUUCCAAGAGGUAGAAGAUUGGGAUCUUUUAGAUUUUUGGAAGCCCUUCAAGCUGGUUGUAUUCCUGUGCUCUUGUCAAAUAGUUGGGCAUUACCGUUUUCUCAAGUCAUUGACUGGAACAAAGCUGCAGUUUGGGCAGAUGAAAGAUUAUUACUACAGGUACCUCAUAUCAUACGUUCACUCUCACCUAAAAAAAUUCUCCAGCUUCGCCAACAAACCCAAGUUCUUUAUGAUAGGUAUUUUUCUUCCAUCGAAAAAAUAGUUCAUACUACAUUAGAAAUAAUACGCGAAAGACUUCCAAAGCAACCUAUCAGAGAUGGAACAGCAUGGAAUAACUUUCCAGGGGCCUUGGUAACUCUCUCCACCUAUUCAGAUUCCGCCGAUGAUUUUCCUUUUCAUGUAGAAAAAGAUGAGAGAUUGAGUUUCACGGCAGUAAUAUACUGUCAAUUAGGAGUGCCAUUAGUAGUGAACUCGCCACUUUACAGACUUGUAACUAAUGUGGGGAGGAGUAAAUAUUUAUCUAAAAUAUUGAUAGUUUGGUCAAACGAAAAGCGUACAUCGAAUAGAAACAGAUGGCCAAGUUUACCUUUACAUAUUCCUUUGCAUAUUAUCCAGCCUAGUGCUAAUUCUAAUGUAGGAAGUGAGGCCAAAUCCAGUAUAUCUCAAAGAUUUUUUACUCAUAAGGAAAUUGAAACUGAGGCAAUAUUAUCUUUAGAUGAAGAUACUAUUUUGACGACAGAAGAAAUUGAUUUUGCAUUUAUAGUUUGGAAACAAUUUCCUGAUAGAAUUGUGGGAUAUCCAGGAAGAUCCCAUUAUUGGGAUGAUUCCAAAUCAACUUGGGGAUAUACUUCCAAGUGGACCAAUGAUUACUCUAUUGUGUUAACAGGAGCUGCUUUUUAUCAUAGAUACUAUAACUACCUUUAUACAGAAUGGCUAAGCCCUCUGUUACACAAAACUGUAGAACAAAGCCAAAACUGUGAAGAUAUAUUAAUGAAUUUCUUAGUUAGCCAUGUUACUCGUAGACCUCCAAUUAAAGUUACUCAAAGGAAACAAUACAAAGAGCAGCCGAGUGCAGGUGGCUGGUCGCCUUGGAAUGAUCCAGAUCACUUUAUCCAAAGACAGACAUGUUUGAAUACUUUCGCAGCUGUUUUUGGCUACAUGCCACUUUUGAGAUCAAAUUUACGACUUGAUCCAGUACUUUUCAAAGAUCCCGUGUCUAAUAAAAGGAAAAAAUAUAGAAAAAUCGAACUUGUGGGUAGUUAGUAUUGGAUAUAUGAGUCUAUAGAUUUGUAGAAUGUUAUAAAUUCUACAAUGUUAUUUUAUCAAAUGAACAUAAUCAUUUUAUAAGAGUUAGGUUGUGGGCAUUUUCUUGCAGAUAUUGCUUCAUUCAUUAAUUUUACUUCUUCAAUUAUUGGUUCUAAUGAAUUUUCAUUGAUUUGUAAGUUGAUUAGUUUUCUAGUUAUAUGUCAAUUUAUUUGGACGUUUUAUAAAAAGAAUAAUUUUGAUAACACGAAUGUAUUCUACGUAUGACUCCAGUUGAAAACUCAUAAAACCAAAGUUUGUUUUUAAAUAUUUUUGUUGAUACCUUUUUAAAAGAUAUUGGAUAGGGAAAAUUAUUCUUAUGUAAUAAAUAUAUUAGCAAUGGUUUGCAGAUAAUUUUGCACUUUCAUAUUACUGUAGAUGUCAUGGUAAGAUGGCAUCAUAAUUAAUGGAAUUUAUAUAAUUUUAUAUUAUCAUUGUUCCAUGAGCGUAUAUUCUAAACAAUAUAAGUUGUUAAUUUACUCAUCACUCUGUACAUUAAAAAUUGAAUAUUGAAUUUUAAUUAUUUACUUAGUCUGAUAUCCUUUCAGAUUCUCACACUUAUACCGGUUGUAAAAGAUAUUAAUUAUGACUAGUUUUCUGCUUGUAGUUGUUAAUUUGCUCUUUGAAAUUGAAUUUUUAUGUUGCAUAUCUUAUUUUUUAUAUGUUUAAUGUUGUAAUUUGUUUAUAAAAAUUGUGAUAUAAGAAAAUAAAACAAUAUUUGCCAUAUCAUUUUGAUGGAGAGCUAAUUAGAAGCUGUUAUUACGAACUAUACAAAUUUUUAUUCAAAUAAUUUCAUUUAUCACAGAUUUGUUUCGAAGAAUUAUAUGAAAAUAUUGCAAAUAUGUUUUUUGACGAAGAACUAGUCCAAAAAUGUGUUCACACACUCUUCUUGAUUUGAGAAUACGCUUUUUACAAAAAAAUUUCAAUCUACCACGUUAAUGGAAAAUUUGCGAUGCAAUUCAAUACUUUAGAAGGUAAAUAUUUUCAAGAACAAUUGUUUCUUCUCGGAAAACGUAUUUCUUUCAACAGGAAAGUUUAAUUAGUGCAUAUUUUUGUUUUUUGUUAGUAAUCUUUCAAUAUAUUAUAAUUCUACCAUAUUUUUUUAUAUAUUUGUUAUACUAUCUAUUUAUAUGCUCCACUUUAUUUACCAAAUGUAUAUUUUAUAAUAUAAUUAUGCAUAAGAAAGAUGUUAGAUUUACAAAAAAAUGUUGGAUAAAGUUUUUUAAAUAACUUGAGCCCUCUGCAUAUUUUUUAGAAAAUACACCCUAAUAUAUUUUAUGUUAUUUAUAAUCUGUUACAUUACAGGAACGUUUUUAUAACAAAAGUGAAUUAAAGGAAUAAAUAUUUUAUUGAUCUCUUUUGA